AUGUCAUCAGCAAGUCUUCUUUCUCACUGGGCUAUACUUUAUCAUGAAUCAGUAAUGUACAACCCUACUUGUUUGCACAUGUUCCAUAAAGACAAUGGUGAGGCACAUUUCGGAUUCUAUUAUCUCGAUCCAAACUCUACGAAUAAUAAAAGCAAUACAUUGGUUGCUACGACAGAACUUUCUCGUCAGCAAGUGAUGGCUGUGUGUCAUGAGGUGACACAUGGAUUUCAAUUCGAUGCACCGCCGAACCACCAUAAUUGCAAAUCAUGGACUACCGAGGUACUUCAACAUCUCGAUAUGAAAUUACCAGUGGUUGGAGUCGAUCAGCCACCACCUCAUAGAACCUCCAUUUACAUAGUUAAUCUAUUAUCUGAACACUCACAAAGGAUCGAUCAUCCAAUAAUGAAAUCCACAACAGGUUGUCCAAUAUUAUAA